AUAAAUUAAAAAACAGGAUACGAACUCUUAAGCAUCUCAAAGUCUACCAAAGCACUUUCGUUGGCAAAUAAAGAUGGCACAGUCUUCUCUAUUAGGAGAACUUGAGGUUGAAGUGGAGAUCAAAUCUCCCGCUGCGAAGUUCUACCACAUGUACGCUGGAAGACCACAUCAUGUAGCUAAUGCCACUCCACGCAAUGUGAAGGCCUGCGAUCUUCACGACGGAGACUGGGGCGAAGUUGGCAGUAUUAUCUUUUGGAACUACGUUCAUGAUGGACAAGCCAAGGUGGCGAAAGAGAGGAUCGAAGUGGUGGAACCUGAGAAGAGAUUGGUGAAGUUUAGGGUUUUAGAGGGAGAUCUGAUGGAAGAGUUCAAGGACUUUGUGAUUACGCUCCAGGUUACCCCUAAGCAAGGAGGGAAUGGUAGUAUUGUGAGAUGGCACUUUGAGUAUGAGAAGAUUGAUGAGAACAUCUCUCACCCUGAGACUUUGAUCCCUUUCUUUGCUGAGAUGAUCAAAGAGAUCGACGAACACCUCUUGUCCGAGGAAUAGAGGAGAAAGAUUAAUUGUUUUUUCCUCCGUACGUACGUUUUGUAUAAUUUUCAUGUUUGUGUCAAUAACUGUGUUCUCUCUCAAGAUUAAGAUAAAAUGUCUGCAAGUUAUAUAAAUGAUAAUGAGUGGAUGUUAUGUAAGUUGCAAAUAUGUAACUUGUGAGUGUAUGCUGUGAUUAUUAAUUUGAUAAUAAAAGUGCUUUGCUCGUC